UUUAAGCUUACCAAAACCUUAGAGCUAAAAACAAGAAAGGAAAAAAGUAAAAAAAAAUGGCUCCAGCCAAGAAAGGAAAAGCGAAGGCAAACGCGGCCGUGUCAACUCAGUCAAAACCCACAGCCCCAAGUCCCCAAAACAAUUUCCCAUCUUGCAUACGUGCAGUCCCUCCUUCCUCCGUCGCCAUCACAAUCCACGCCAAACCCGGUUCCAAAUCCGCCUCCAUCACUGAUUUGAGUGAUGAAGCGGUGGGAGUGCAAAUAGAUGCACCUGCUAAAGAUGGUGAAGCUAAUGCUGCUCUUCUUGAUUACAUUAGCUCUGUGUUGGGGGUGAAGCGGAGGCAGGUAUCCAUAGGCUCUGGUUCUAAAUCGAGAGACAAGGUGGUGAUUGUGGAGGAGGUAACUCUACAAAAUGUUUUUGAUGCUUUGGAGAAAGCGUCCAAAUGCUGCUGAUUAAAAAAAAAGAAGAGAGGUUCAGUGUGCUUUCGUUACAUGAUCUUAUACUGAACACAAGGUAUUUGGAUAGGACAACAUUCCUAGUCCACGCUGAUGUUUAAAAUACUUUGGUCUGUAGUUUUGUUUCUUCCAUCUCACACUGAAACAAUAAUCUUUUUAUUUAAAACUGUAAGUACAGAAGCUGUAGUGUUACUUAUGAAUAUAAUGACUGAUGUUCCAUGAAUAUUCAAGUUAGAUGCUAAUUUAUUCAUCUUCACCAUGGUUCUUCUA